CUCGCUUCGUGAUCACUUCCCCCUUUCAUAAAUUACCGGGUGGUCGGAGAGAAUAAUCACACCCGCAUCAAACCUUUUGUCUCCAGAUUCCACAAGAGGAGACCAAAACAAAUAUUUUCAUAUCAUUCCAUUAACUAUUCAGAAUUGUUUCUGUUGUGAUACCAGAUACCGACUAGUUGUGAUACCAGAUUGGACAAGUUAGAACACAGAGCAAAGCGAAACAAAAAGCAAUCAGAACUGCAGACCUACUGAGGAGAUAAAAAACGAAAUCAGUGAUAAUUCAACAGUUGGAAAAAUCAAUUGAAAUUGAAGCAAAUUUUGGUAGUUCAAAAUUGGUUCGGGCCAAGUUUAAUUGGAGAUCAGCAUCAUUCUGCAUCUGACAGAGGAGGCAUGCUGACAUCACAGAUGACUUCAUUUCUGGCUUUUCUGCUCACAAGCGGCAUUGCAAUGGGAAUGGAUAUGAACAGCAAAUUAUUUGAGGACAAACGGAUGGACCUCAAUGACAAGUUGUAUGAAGGAAAACGAAUGGACUUAAACGACAAAAUGUUUAAUAACAAACGAAUGGACCUCAAUAACCAUCUGUUCGAAGGAAAACGAAUGGAUCUCAAUGAUAAAAUGUUUGACGGAAAACGAAUGGACAUGAAUGAUAAACUCUUUGAGGGCAAACGGAUGGACCUCAAUGACAAGUUGUAUGAAGGAAAACGAAUGGACUUAAACGACAAAAUGUUUAAUAACAAACGAAUGGACCUCAAUAACCAUCUGCUCGAAGGAAAACGAAUGGAUCUCAAUGAUAAAAUGUUUGACGGAAAACGAAUGGACAUGAAUGAAAAACUUUUUGAGGGCAAACGGAUGGACCUCAAUGACAAGUUGUAUGAAGGAAAACGAAUGGACUUAAACGACAAAAUGUUUAAUAACAAACGAAUGGACCUCAAUAACCAUCUGUUCGAAGGAAAACGAAUGGAUCUCAAUGAUAAAAUGUUUGACGGAAAACGAAUAGACAUGAAUGAAAAACUUUUUGAGGGCAAACGGAUGGACCUCAAUGACAAGUUGUAUGAAGGAAAACGAAUGGACUUAAACGACAAAAUGUUUAAUAACAAACGAAUGGACCUCAAUAACCAUCUUUUCGAAGGAAAACGAAUGGAUCUCAAUGAUAAAAUGUUUGACGGAAAACGAAUGGACCUAAAUGACAAGUUGUAUGAAGGAAAACGAAUGGACUUAAAUGACAAAAUGUUUAAUAACAAACGAAUGGACCUCAAUAACCAUCUUUUCCAAGGAAAACGAAUGGAUCUCAAUGAUAAAAUGUUUGACGGAAAACGAAUGGACCUAAAUGACAAGUUGUAUGAAGGAAAACGAAUGGACUUAAACGACAAAAUGUUUAAUAACAAACGAAUGGACCUCAAUAACCAUCUUUUCGAAGGAAAACGAAUGGAUCUCAAUGAUAAAAUGUUUGACGGAAAACGAAUGGACCUAAAUGACAAAUUGUAUGAAGGAAAACGAAUGGACUUAAACGGCAAAAUGUUUAAUAACAAACGAAUGGACCUCAAUAACCAUCUGUUCGAAGGAAAACGAAUGGAUCUCAAUGAUAAAAUGUAUGACGGAAAACGAAUGGAUAUGAACAGCAAACUUUUUGAGGGCAAGCGAAUGGACUUCAAUAACAACAUGUUCGACGGUAAACGGUUUCAUAUGCUUGCAGCUGAAACAAGCAACCCAAGAUAUCAAAAUCAAGGCAGCUUCUGGCAGAAUCUAGACAACUCGUCCUCCCUGGAAAACGAAUCGAACGAUGACUCUGCGGAAGAUAAAAGAACUAUGGCAGGGGAUUUCAUGAUGAAAAACAAAGGAAAAAGAGGCUUCGGUAUAACUGAAAACGCGGAUGGAGAAGAGAAACGGGGCGGCCUGGCUGGCGAUUUUAUGUUCGCAAAAAGAGCCGAAGAAAUAACUGCAGAUGGAGAAGACCUGGACAACAAGAAAAAUAUGGCAAGCGAUUUUAUGAUGAGCGGAAAAGCAAAAGGCAAGCGGGAGUUAGAAAUAAAUGACACUCCAAACGAUGUUGAAAAGAGAGGUAUGGCUGGGAAAUAUUUUUUAAAAGGAAAAAAGAAUUCCGAAAGUUCCGACGACAAGCGAACCUUGCCUGGCGAUUUCAUAUUUAACAAUGGAAUAGAAAAACGAGAGCUAGAAAUAUAUGACAUUCCAAAAGAUCUUGAAAAAAGAGGCUUGGCUGGGAAAUAUUUUUUAAAAGGAAAAAGAAGCUCAGAAAGUUCCGAUGACAAGCGAAACCUGGCUGGCGAUUUUCUGACAAAUAAUGGAAAAAAGCUAGAGCUGCAAAUGAAUAAGAAUUCAAAUGAUCUUGAAAAAAGAGGCAUGGCUGGAAACUAUUUUAUAAAGGGAAAAAGAAGCUCAGAAAGUUCCGACGAGAAGCGAAACCUGGCUAGCGAUUUCAUAGUAAAUAAUGGAGUAGAAAAACGAGAGCUAGAACUAAACAACAGUCCAAACGACGAGGACAAAAGAGGCAUGGCGGGUAACUAUUUUAUAAAAGGAAAAAGAACAUCUGAAAAGAAUAGCCCAAAGGAGGUUUCACAUUUGUUCGAAACUUCUGGUGAGAAUGAAAAGAGGAGAAUGGCUAGCAGAUUUUUGUACGGAAAAAAAAGCUCGGAACCGUUUGGGGAUCAAUUUUCAGACAACAGGAGAAACAUGGUGGGUGAUUUUACUAUGAAUAAUGGAAAAGGUAAAAAAGAGACUGACAUAGUUGAUCGUCCUAAUGAUGACAAAAAACGGCCGACAAAAAUGGCAAGCAAUUCGAUUGAUGAAAACUCCCACGAAAAUGAAAACAACGACGAUAAUUUAGGAGCAACAAUGAGGGGCCGCAGAUCAAUCGACGAGGAGUCACCUUUUGACCAUUUAAAACACGAUCCACUCGAGACUGAUGAUUUGAAUGAUAAGUUACAUUUUUUGCGUUCUGCUGCAAGUCUGCUAAGAAUAACAGACAAAGAGCGACGCGCUCUGAUGCGCAUUGACCCGGUCAACAGAAACCGUCACCGACAAAACAUUUUUUCUGGAUUCAAACGGUCCCAAGAACAUCAUCCGAUAGACUUCGGUCUGGACGAAGAGCCCAAAUACAUGAAAACUAUAUCAUGCGAAGAACCCAAAAAAAGCUACGGUGUUUCUAAAAGAUCAACACUAUUUCGCACAUUCUACAAAGGAAAGCCAAGUUACAAAAGAGACCACGACCACAUGUCAUCAGAGAAACGAGGACUCGCCGAUGAAUUCGAUGGCAAAAGAAGUGAUGGCGGUUUGAUGAAACGUGGGCUUGCCGAUGAGUUUGAUGGCAAAAGAAGUGAUGGCGGAUCAUGGAAACGAGGACUCGCCGAUGAAUUCGAUGGCAAAAGAAGUGAUGGCGGUUUAAUGAAACGUGGGCUUGCCGAUGAGUUUGAUGGCAAAAGAAGUGAUGGUGGAUCAUGGAAACGAGGACUCGCCGAUGAAUUCGAUGGCAAAAGAAGUGAUGGCGGUUUGAUGAAACGUGGGCUUGCCGAUGAGUUUGAUGGUAAAAGAAGUGAUGGCGGAUCAUGGAAACGAGGACUUGCCGAUGAAUUCAAUGGCAAAAGGAGCCAUGAUACUUCAUGGAAACGAGGACUUGCCGAUGAAUUUGAUGGCAAAAGGAGCAAUGAUGUUUCAUGGAAACGAGGACUUGCUGAUGAAUUUGAUGGCAAAAGAAGUGAUGGCGGAUCAUGGAAACGAGGACUUGCCGAUGAAUUCGAUGGCAAAAGAAGCGAUGGCGGUUUGAUGAAACGUGGGCUUGCCGAUGAGUUUGAUGGCAAAAGAAGUGAUAGCGGAUCAUGGAAACGAGGACUUGCCGAUGAAUUUGAUGGCAAAAGGAGCAAUGAUGUUUCAUGGAAACGAGGACUUGCUGAUGAAUUUGAUGGCAAAAGGAGCAAUGCUAUUUCAUGGAAAAGAGGACUAGCCGAUGAGUUCGAUGGCAAAAGAAGUGAUGGCGGUUUGAUGAAACGUGGGCUUGCCGAUGAGUUUGAUGGCAAAAGAAGUGAUAGCGGAUCAUGGAAACGAGGACUUGCCGAUGAAUUUGAUGGCAAAAGGAGCGGUGAUAAUCCAUGGAAACGAGGACUUGCUGAUGAAUUUGAUGGCAAAAGAAGUGAUGGCGGAUCAUGGAAACGAGGACUUGCCGAUGAAUUCGAUGGCAAAAGAAGUGAUGACGGUUUGAUGAAACGUGGGCUUGCCGAUGAGUUUGAUGGCAAAAGAAGUGAUAGCGGAUCAUGGAAACGAGGACUUGCCGAUGAAUUUGAUGGCAAAAGGAGCGGUGAUAAUCCAUGGAAACGAGGACUCGCCGAUGAGUUUGAUGGUAAAAGGAGCGUUGACAAUCCAUGGAAACGAGGACUCGCCGAUGAGUUCGAUGGCAAAAGAAGUGAAAGCAUAGCUUGGAAACGAGGACUUGCCGAUGAUUUUAAUGGAAAAAGAAGCGAUAUUUCGUGGAAACGAGGACUCGCUGAUGAUUUCGAUGGAAAAAGAAGUCACGACUACGCCUGGAAACGAGGACUUGCCGAUGAAUUCGAUGGCAAAAGGAGCAAGGAUGCUUCAUGGAAACGAGGACUCGCUGAUGAGUUCGAUGGCAAAAGGAGCUAUAAUUCAUGGAAACGAGGACUCGCCGAUGAGUUCGAUGGCAAAAGAAAUCACGACAACGCCUGGAAACGAGGUCUUGCCGAUGAGUUUAAUGGCAAAAGAAGCGAUAUUUCAUGGAAACGAGGACUCGCCGAUGAGUUCGAUGGCAAAAGAAGUCAUGAUGUUUCAUGGAAACGAGGACUUGCCGAUGAAUUUGAUGGCAAAAGAAGUCAUGAUAUCACUUGGAAACGGGGACUUGCCGAUGAGUUCGAUGGCAAGAGAAACAAUAUUUCAUGGAAACGAGGACUUGCCGAUGAAUUUGAUGGCAAAAGAAGUCAUGAUAUCACUUGGAAACGGGGACUUGCCGAUGAGUUCGAUGGCAAAAGAAACAAUAUUUCAUGGAAACGAGGACUCGCCGAUGAGUUCGAUGGCAAAAGAAGGAAUGAUAUUUCUUGGAAACGGGGACUCGCCGAUGAGUUCGAUGGCAAAAGAAGUCAUGACAUCGCAUGGAAGCGAGGACUUGCUGAUGACUUUGAAGGCAGAAAAUGAAAUCUCACUCCCAGAAAAUUUGAUUUGAGCCAAAGUUGGAUUUAUUUGAUGCAAUUAUCAGAAUUUUGCGUUAAAUCUGCUAUUUCAUGAGCUCCAUUACAAAAUAAGAUCGUUCGAGCAUAAUAUGGUUGACAUUGAAACCUAUAUGACUGUUUUCCUUCAAGUUGAUUUUGUAUAUUACAACUUUGGGAGAGGACGCUUUCAACGCAUGUACUAGAAACCGAACAGAACCUAUUAAUAAAAAAAAUUUAAUUCAACAAAAAGUCUGUG